UCCUGUGCCGGCGGUUUCUCCCGACACCUUCCGGGUUAACCCGACAGUUCGCCUGCGCUGCACUGUAGAGCCAGGACCAUUUGCAAAGGAGGGGUGUUCUCUGUCCUGUCGAGCUCCUCCUGGCGUGAGAGUGUCGGGUGUGUGUGCACCAUGGCGAGUCUCCUCCGUGUUGUGGCAGCUAGCUGCUCGUCCCCGGUGUUCAGCGCAGCCUCCUGCGUGAAGCUGCAGAGCGGCCGUUCAGUCAAAACAUCAUGCAUUCGCUUCUUCAGGACCCAUCAAGCUCUGGGACGAUGUGCUAGUCCAGGUAUUCCAUACAAACAACUCACAGUCGUACCCAAAGAAAUUUUCCAGAAUGAACGCCGUGUUGCGAUUUCCCCCGCUGGAGUCCAGGCGCUCAUCAAGCAGGGCUUCAAUGUUGUGGUGGAGUCGGGAGCUGGAGAGCCUUCAAAGUUCCCUGAUGAACAGUACACCCAGGCUGGAGCAACAAUCAAGGACAUUAAAGAUGUCCUGGCAUCAGAUGUGCUGGUCAAGGUCCGUGCUCCCAUUUUCAACCCUGAUCUGGGGGUCCACGAGGUGGAGUUGAUGAAGGACGCCGCCACUUUGUUCAGCUUCAUCUACCCAGCUCAGAACCCCGAGCUGAUGGACUUGCUGUCCCAGAAGAAGGCCACCGUCGUGGCUAUGGACCAGGUGCCCCGAGUCACUAUCGCCCAGGGUUUCGACGCUCUGAGCUCAAUGGCAAACAUCGCUGGCUACAAGGCUGUUGUGUUGGCGGCUAACAACUUUGGUCGCUUUUUCACCGGACAGAUCACAGCAGCAGGGAAAGUACCACCUGCAAAGGUUCUGAUCAUUGGAGGAGGUGUGGCUGGAUUGGCAGCAGCUGGUUCUGCCAGAGCCAUGGGAGCCAUUGUCAGAGGAUUUGAUACCAGAGCUGCAGCUUUGGAGCAGUUCAAAUCUCUGGGUGCAGAGCCGCUGGAGGUGGAAAUGAAGGAGUCAGGAGAGGGCCAGGGAGGCUACGCCAAGGAAAUGUCAAAGGAAUUCAUAGAAGAAGAAAUGAAGCUGUUUGCCAGACAGUGUCGGGAAGUGGACAUCGUUAUCAGCACUGCUCUUAUCCCUGGUAGGAGGGCGCCCAUCCUGAUCACCACGCCCAUGGUGGAGAGCAUGAAAGAUGGGUCUGUGGUGGUGGACUUGGCUGCUGAGGCUGGAGGAAACAUUGAGACCACAGUACCUGGAGAGCUGUCAGUAUACAAGGGAGUGACCCACAUCGGCUACACAGACCUGCCCAGCCGUUUGCCGACUCAGUCCAGCACUCUGUACUCCAACAACAUCACUAAGUUGAUGCGAGCCCUCAGCCCCAACAACGAUAACUUUUUCCUCGACGUGAAGGAAGUGUUUGACUACGGCACCAUGGAUCACGUGGUCAGAGGGUCUGUUGUCAUGCAGAAUGGAAAGAAUCUGUUCCCCGCUCCUCAGCCCAACAACGUGCCAGUCGUAGCUCCUCCUAAACCCAAGAGCAUCCAGGAGCUGGAGAAGGAGAAGGCUGCACAAGUCUCCCCCUUUAAGGCCACACUUACCACCGCUGGCAUUUACACAGGAGGCGCUGCCACCCUGCUGAGUCUGGGUCUGUCGGCUCCCAACGCCGCCUUCACUCAGAUCGUCACAACCUUCGGUCUGGCCGGCAUCGUGGGAUACCACACCGUGUGGGGAGUCACUCCCGCUCUGCACUCUCCUCUUAUGUCCGUCACCAACGCCAUCUCAGGACUGACAGCUGUGGGUGGUCUGUCCCUGAUGGGUGGUGGCUACACCCCGAACACCACAGCUGAGUCUCUGGCUCUGCUGGCUGCCUUCAUCUCCUCGGUCAACAUUGCCGGUGGUUUCCUUGUGACAAAGAAGAUGUUGGACAUGUUCAAGCGUUCCACCGAUCCCCCAGAGCACAACUACCUUUAUCUUCUUCCUGGUGGGGUCUUUGUCGGAGGUUACGCCGCCGCCCUGCAUUCUGGGUACAACAUUGAACAGAUGAUGUACUUGGGCUCCGGUCUGUGCUGUGUCGGUGCCCUGGCCGGUCUUUCCAACCAGAAGACUGCUCGUCUGGGUAACGCUUUGGGUAUGAUGGGAGUUGCUGGGGGUGUCAUUGCCACUUUGGGGGCCCUCAAGCCAAGUCCUGAACUCCUGGCGCAGAUGAGCGCAGCCAUGGCUGUUGGUGGUACUGCUGGCCUGGCCAUAGCUAAGAGGAUCCAGAUCACUGACUUGCCCCAGCUUGUGGCAGCCUUCCACAGCCUGGUGGGGAUGGCUGCCGUGCUCACCUGUGUAGCUGAAUACAUGAUCGAAUACCCCCACUUUGCCACAGACCCCGCAGCUAACCUCACCAAGAUAGUCGCCUACCUCGGCACCUUCAUCGGCGGUGUCACUUUCAGUGGCUCUUUGAUUGCAUACGGCAAACUGCAAGGUGUUCUGAACAGCUCUCCCCUCAUGCUCCCCGGUCGUCACGCUCUGAACGCUUCUCUCAUGGCCGGCAGUGUUGGUGGGAUGAUUCCCUACAUGAUGGACCCGAGUUACAUCACAGGCAUCACCUGUCUCGGAUCGGUCUCUGCUCUCUCUGCUGUCAUGGGUGUAACUCUGACAGCAGCUAUUGGCGGCGCUGACAUGCCCGUGGUCAUCACCGUAUUGAACAGUUACUCCGGGUGGGCCCUAUGCGCUGAGGGCUUCCUGCUCAAUAACAACCUGCUGACCAUCGUCGGAGCUCUCAUUGGAUCGUCUGGAGCCAUCCUGUCUUAUAUUAUGUGUGUGGCCAUGAAUCGUUCUCUGGCUAAUGUGAUCCUGGGAGGCUACGGCACGUCCUCCACCGGCACAGGAAAGCCCAUGGAGAUCACAGGGACACACACCGAGGUCAACGUGGAUCAGACUGUCGACAUGAUUAAAGACGCCCAGAGCAUAAUCAUCACUCCAGGUUAUGGACUCUGCGCUGCAAAGGCCCAGUACCCCAUCGCCGAGCUGGUGAAGAUGCUUCAUGAAGCUGGCAAAGAUGUCAGGUUUGGAAUUCACCCUGUGGCUGGCCGCAUGCCUGGUCAACUCAAUGUGCUGUUGGCUGAAGCUGGUGUCCCGUAUGAUAUCGUCCUGGAAAUGGAGGAGAUUAAUGAGGACUUCGCUGAGACUGACCUUACCCUUGUGAUCGGUGCCAAUGACACUGUCAACUCAGCCGCUCAGGAAGACCCUAACUCCAUCAUUGCUGGUAUGCCCGUGCUGGAGGUUUGGAAGUCUAAGCAGGUGGUCGUGAUGAAGCGUUCCUUGGGAGUGGGUUACGCUGCAGUAGAUAACCCCAUCUUCUACAAGCCCAACACUGCAAUGUUGCUAGGCGAUGCCAAGAAGACCUGUGAUGCCCUGCAAGCUAAGGUCCGCGAGUCCCAGAGCCAGUAAGGUGGGCCGAAGGACUUCCGAUAACAGCACACAUGGAUUAGGGAGGAUGACGAGUCGGAUCACAGCAUUAAGAUCCUCACUGUUCAACUUGAAUGACAAAAAUUGAGCAGUGAUGAUCAAUAAAAACAAAACAGUUGUUGGCACACCCUUCCUGUCAUCUAGGAAUAAAAGAAACAGUAAUGUUGUUGUAAAAAAAAAAAAAAGGUGUGCAGUAGGAGCCAAACAAUGCAAAUACACUUUGUCAGGUCUUUUAUUCCUAGAUCAUAAAGAAGGGUAACCAUGUGCAUGUGGUCUGUAAUCUGGAGAGCAGCUGACAUAAAAGUCCUUUUAAUUUUAGACACCUGCAUUAAUGUAAAACAAUCAGAGCUGUAGGUACAGUAACAUGUUAAAUAUGUUUAAUUCACUGUUAAGACUUAUAGGAUAUAGUCAAUAGUUGAGGGAAAAUGUAAGAUGCGUUGGAAUAACAAAAGGAAAAAUAUAGAAUGGUGAACCAGCAGAGGAAGAGGGAUAAGAUGCUUAAGCUCUUGAUGUUUUCCCUCAUUGUAAAGACUGUUCUAUUCCUUCUUUUUCUCCAGAGAUUUCUUUUGUUAGAGGAAUUCGAUGUUCCCUUUGAUUGAUUUGUUUCCUGUAAUCGUUAUGUCACACUUUCUUCUUCUUUACAAGAAAAAGAAAAAAAGCAUAAUAGUUCAACAUUGUUGUAAAGUUCUUUCAGUUUCAGAUUUGUACUGUAUUGAGAGAUUUUUUGUAUUUGGACUAAUAAUUAACUAAGAACAUGCCUACAUGGUCACUAUGCCAACUGUUGGAAGCUAUUCAUGCCAUUUUUUUCUUUUUCUCUUUUUACCUGACUCUUGUGUCUUGUGACCUCCACCUUUGCCUUUUGUGCAGAAAGCACACGUGGAUCCAAAAACAGUUCAAAAAAAUCCAUUCAAACGUCACCUACCGGGCAUUCAAUGCAAUAAAACCAAAUUGAUCUGGUCUUUAAUAAGUAUGAGACCACAGCUGUCCUGUAGCUCUUGUAAAGAUGAAACAAACACUCUCAGAGAUCUGAUAGCCGAAUGGAUUUUAUGAUGUUUUUGAACCAGGUGUGUCUUGUCCUCUUGUGUGGUUCUGAUAUUACAAAUACAUGUGAUGGUAGCCUUUGGCCUUUGUGGUAAAAGAGGUUGUUUUUUUUUCUUCUAGUGAAUGUGGCUCAUACACUCCAAUAUGUGUUUCCUCAUUAUUGCUCUAGAGGGUAAUGAAGGAUCACUGUUUGUAAAGUACAGCCAGAUGGUAUCAUUACUGAUAUGUAGAGUCUGAUGCAACAAAGCCGUUAAUUAGCUUGUUGAUACAUUUCAGAAUACAGGAUUUGUUUGAAGAUAUUAUUAAGUGUGCAUUUCCCCCCCCCUCCCAAUUCUUUAGUUAAAGCUUAUCAUUUUGCCAUAAACUUAAACUUGUGCCAACCCCCCUCCCCGCCCCACCCCCCAUUUUUGAGAUCUAACGGCACAAAUAUAGAUUAAUUGGUUGUUGUAUAACCACUUGAUUAAAGAUCCCUGACAUAUUGACAGUAGUUCCCAUUCUACACCUGACUUUACAUAGCAGAGCCAAUUGAACUAGACCACCACAAUUAAGAAGACACCAGAAGUCAAUCAAUGUUAGACAUUCAGUUAACCGCAGAUGAACUUGUAAGCAGUUUAAGGAACAAUAGCUCCUGAAGUGACAGGCUGGUAGUUUUUGUUGUAUUGAAAUGUAAACGGAAGUACUGUUGGAGGUUGGUUAUUAUACUUUCACCCUGGGACCCGAUACAUCGUCAACUCUCCUACCUCUCCAUAAAAUGACCAAUAACUUUCCAUAUGACCUUCAUCAGACCAAUAUCCUUUGACUAACUAAUGGACCAGUGAUAUUUCAUCCACCAACCUUAAAUCAGCCAUGCCUCUGUUAUCCUAAACUUGACCAAUUGCCUUCUGUUUUGUGUUCACAUUGUGUUCAUUUUUAACCAUCAGACCUCAGUUUUCCUGCUGGCUAGUUUUACUGUAUGUUAUGCAAGUGUAGAGCUGCAGAUGUCAUCGCUGCUCAUGAAGGGUUAAUAUUUUUGCACGUCAAUUUACACAAGAAAUUGCUGUCUUUAAUGACUAUUAGAUGGGACAUUUUUCUUACUAUUUGUAGCUUGUUGCCACUUUUUCUAUUGUAUAGGUUUUGAUGAAAUUAAGGGAGAGGAAAAAUCAUAAAUUUUUAAAUGGCCAAUAUGCCCCCAAAUGUCCUUAUCGUUUGCCUUCUUGAGUAUUUUUGUAAGGAAGCUAUUUGUGUAGAGCAACAAUGGGCUUAUGAAGUUGUACGAUGUUACGGUGCACCAUGUAAGGGAGAUGAAAUGUACUGUGAAUGUUUUCCCUCUUGUUUAUCAUGGAACAUGUUCAUCCCUAAUAAAACCUGUAUUUACACUAGA